AUGGGACAACUGAUCACCAAGAUGAUGGGCAUCUUCGGGAAACAGGAGCACAAGGUUAUCAUCGUGGGACUGGACAAUGCAGGAAAGUCCACCAUUCUCUACCAGUUCCUGAUGAAUGAGGUGGUCCAUACGUGUCCCACCAUUGGUAGCAACGUGGAGGAGAUUGUCCUGCAAAAGACCCACUUCCUCAUGUGGGACAUAGGGGGACAGGAGGCUCUGCGCUCCGCCUGGCACACGUACUACUUCAACACUGAGUUCGUCAUCCUUGUGAUUGACAGCACAGACCGGGAGCGGCUGCUGACCACUCGGGAGGAGCUGUAUAAGAUGCUGGCCCAUGAAGCUCUGCAAGGGGCUUCCGUGCUGAUCUUUGCCAACAAACAGGAUAUGAAGGACUCCAUGACCACUGUGGAGAUCUCCCAGUUCCUCACCCUUAGUGCCAUCAAAGACCACCCGUGGCACAUACAGGGCUGCUGUGCCCUCACUGGGGAAGGGCUGCUUGCUGGGCUGCAAUGGAUGCAAUCUCAGGCCACUGCCAACUGAUGUCCCAGCCCGGGACCAACCGGAAACUUUGAGGUUUUGCAUGGACUACAUGGGUGGAAAACCCAAGUGACUGUUUAUUACUUUCGACGGUUCUCAGGUGGGAGCAGGGGCUGGUAUGGAC